CACGCUUGUCGUCAGAUUCAAGCGCUGCUGGGUGAGUCACACCAACCAGAACUCACCAUUAACUUGAUCGACAUAAACACUCGUUCUAGGAAAGGGCCUUGAAACAGGAUUACUUUUUGAAGUUUCACGGUCUAUUUCGACAUUGGCAUUUCUGUUUUGGGAUACGUUUUUAAGUUAGCAACUACGCCUGUGAAACGUUUGCGUGCGUUACUACUCUGGAAGAAGAAAUGGUGGAGAAUGAAGUGCAGAUGGAGAGUACAGAGCAAAUGCAGGACCCCAACACUUCCAGCUCGGACAAAAUCGACUUGUCGUUGGAUGACAUCAUAAAGCUGAAUAAAAAAGAGCAAAAAGCAAACAGAGCUAAAACUAAACGUGUUGCUAACAGGAACAAUGUCUUGAAGAAACUAAAUCGAGGGGCGCAGCAGGACCAAGGGCCUGGCAGGAUGAGAGGUUUUUGGAGACAAAGGGGAUCAAGGAGGGGCAUGGUGUGGAGAGGGGGUGCAAUGACUAGAGCUGAUGCCAGUGCCACGACAGGUGGACAGUUUGAUCAGACCACAUUCACAUCAAGGGGGGCAUUCAGAGGGCGAGGGAGAGGUAGAGGAAGACGAGGCGGGCUGAGCAGGGGUGCUUUGUCAUCAAGAGGACAGAUUACUCCACAGAGGGGUGGAAGACCAUUUGUAUUAGACAGAGGGUUUUCCGCUUCAAAUAGCACUGAGAAGUUAGAAAAAUAUCAGAAAAUAAAAAGUCGAAGAACAGCACAAUCUGGCUCAACACUGAGAGUUUCCCUGCCAAAUGCUAAAUCUGCACCUGUUGAUGUAAAGAGAUCUAAUCAGACAAGGAGGGGUGAAGGAGUGUUAAGGGGCAGAUCGUCAAGAGGAGCAAGUACUUCUUCACCUAAAGGCAUUCCUCUGCGCUUUAACUACAAAGCAACAACUAACCAGAGCACCAGCUGAUUCUUCUCCUCCCCUCUACCAGUGAUGCUUGAUUUAACAUCCCGUGUCUACUGCCUGCGCAGACAUCAACAGCGCAAAUGGGUUGUAGGUUGCCAGGUUGAGGACACAAAUGAUUUGUAAUUUGUAUGAUGUGUCGAUUGUGUGAGUAGGAUGCGUUUCAUUCAAGAUCUGGCAACUGGACCACCUUGGAAUAAUGUAUUGAUGUGAUUAUUCAUAUAGUGGUUUGGGCCAUACAAAUGACAGGAGUUUUUUUGGGAGAAAUAACAAAACGGGAGACUGUCGGGAAAAACGGGAGUGUUGACAGAUAUGGUUACAAGCCGUUCCCGAAGCAGUGCUCAGUUUUACAACUGAUAUUUGGACAUCUAUACGUAAGUUGAGCGUAUUGGACACUUCAGUUUUUCAGAUCUUUGGAAUUGUUUUGUUAGACGAGUAAUAAAGAGAAAAAGGUCCAUUUAUAAAAAUAGUGGAAAAUGACAUCUGUUAUAUAAAGCAACUUAUUUGCAGUUAAUUGUUAUUUCUACCUCUUUCCAGUCACAGAGCACUUUAUUUUGAGAGUUGUUUAAGUGAGAGAAGAUCCUGUAACUUAGUGCCAUUUGGGGGAAAUUGUAAUGUUUAAUAAUUUAUUUUAUUAUGAAAAUAAAAUGUUGCAUUGAAGAAAGGUAGAUUUUGUUUGUAUAUGCGGUCAAUAAUAGUUCUUAGAAAGAAAAUCGGAAAAAAUCGGUAUCGGCAGGUCACACUUGCAAAAAAUCGGAAAUCGGAAUCGGCCAAGAAAAUUGCAAUUGGUGCAUCUCUAGUGACUAGGCAUGUUUGAAUUUUUUUUAAUUUCUCAGUGCGACUGGUAUUUUGGUCCCUUUCCCAUGUUGAUAAAACUAAGGGUAACAAAGUUAUAAGGUAUUUGCCAAAUGCUGUAUAAUUCUGGAGGUCUGUCCCCAUCCCUGCCUGUAUGUUAAUGAGGUAUGUCCCUAGGACUUCCAAAACUAACCACUCCCAAAAUUCCCUUUGUUCAUGGUUUGGGUACAUUAUUCAUGGUGCUCUGUAGUCAGACGAUCCCACACAUUAAUGUGUGUACUUUUAAUAAUAGAAAUCUGUAAUUCGGAUCUCCAACAUGGUUUACUUUGUGUAGUUUUCUAUCAGGUAAUGGUAAUUGAAAUUUGAAUUGAAAGGUCUCUCUGCAACCAGAUUGCCCCACAAAGACAAAGUGUGUAGCUUUUCUCUACCAGGUAAUUGUAAUUUGAAUUUCUUAUGUUUGGUAUUAUAAUAUUAAUAAUAUUAUUCAUUGAUGAUUUUUUUGUUUGAUUUAUUAUUUUAAUUGGAUUGUUUGAAUGUAUUACUAUUACCUGGUAAAAUAAACUGUUACCAUUUAAAUCAUCCUGAAAGACUGUUUUUAGUAUAUUUCUUAUUAACUACAAAUCUAUGGUCAGACUUGGCUUAAUUAAGCUACUUCAGAAGAACCCAAUUAGUUAAGUAAAAGGCUAAACGGCAAACCAAGAACCUAUAACAGGAUUUAGCUAAGUAGAAUUAAAUGGGAAAACUAAGAAUAGGACCGAGAAUCUGUAAAAACAGAACUUAAUUGACUGGGGCUA